AUGUUUUCGUGGCUGGCAAGGAUAGCGUGGACGUGUUGGAAGCCAGUGAGGAGAUAUGCCCGUAUGAGCAAGGAUGAUCUUGAUGACUCAUCUCUUGAAGAUCCUUUGUUAUGGUGCAGAAGCCUUGACAAGCACUCCUAUGGUGAAUUCUCCUUCGCUGUGGUCCAGGCCAAUGAAGUUCUUGAGGAUCAGAGCCAAGUUGAGACUGGCCGUGAUGCCACCUUUGUUGGUGUUUAUGAUGGGCAUGGUGGACCUGACGCGUCUCGCUUCAUUUCUGACCAUCUCUUUCUUCAUCUUAUGAGACAUGCUCGAGAAAAAGGAGCCCUAUCUGAAGAUAUCCUUAGAAGUGCCUUUUCUGCAACUGAGGAUGGGUUCCUUACUCUUGUGCGUAGGACUUGUGGAAUAAAACCAUUAAUGGCAGCAAUUGGGUCUUGUUGUCUGGUUGGAGUUGUCUGGAGAGGGACGUUGUAUGUUGCUAAUCUAGGAGACUCGAGAGCAGUAAUUGGUUCUUUAGGUAGAUCGAAUAAGAUUGUUGGUGAGCAGCUAAAUAAGGAGCAUAAUGCAAGUUUGGAGGAGGUUAGACAAGAACUCAGGUCCUUGCAUCCAAAUGAUUCACAUAUUGUAGUUAUGAAGCAUGGAGUUUGGCGUAUCAAAGGCAUCAUACAGGUAUCUAGAUCUAUCGGUGAUGCAUACUUAAAGAGGCCAGAAUUUUCUCUUGAUCCUACAUUUCCGAGGUUCCACCUUCCUGAACCCCUCGGUCGGCCUGUGCUUACAGCAGAACCAUCUGUAUGUACCAGAGUUCUACAACCCAAUGAUAAGUUUAUAAUAUUUGCAUCCGAUGGACUAUGGGAGCAUAUGACAAAUCAGGAAGCUGUGGAGAUUGUACAUAAUAAUCCUCGAGCAGGAAUUGCAAAAAGACUUCUUAAAACAGCUCUGAGUGAAGCAGCUAGGAAACGGGAGAUGAGAUAUGAUGACCUUAAGAAGGUUGAAAAGGGAGUUAGGCGGUUCUUUCACGAUGAUAUUACGAUUGUCGUCAUUUUUAUAGAUCAUGAUUUGCUGGAGAAAAAACAGCCAGCACCUGAGCUGUCAGUAAAGGGGUUCAUUGACACUGUUGGGCCAUCAAGUUUUAACAUUUUCAAGGAUUGA